CACGACAAAUAGUUCCCCGCCGCUUCCCGUCCUCCCCUCCACACGCCCCUCUCCCAGCCCCUCCUCCUCCCGCCGGUGCCGCUCCGGCCUCCCCCUUCUGCCCCAUCCCCCCCCCUCCGCGCCGGUAACCGGCAGCGCGGCCCGUGGAGGGGGGGGGAAGCGGCGGCGGCGGAGUGAUCCGCGGCAGGCGACGCGGAGGCAGCGCAUAAAGCGGCGGUGGCGGAGGGAGAGGAGGAGCUGCGGCACCGCUGAGCCCGCGGCCGCCACCGCCCCGACACCGGCUCGGCCCCGGCCCCGCCGCCCCCGGGGGGCCCCGGUCCCUUCCCUCCCCUCCGCUCUCUCCGUCCGUUCGUCCCCUCCCCGUCCCCUCCCCGCGCCGCCACCACCUCCGCGCUGCUCCUCCUCCUCCUCCCCCCUCCCCUCGCAAAUAGUCCCGCGGGCCGCCCCCUCCCUCCGCCCGCGCCCCUCCUGCCGCCGCCUCGCGCACACAAUGGCGCUGAAGAGAAUCCACAAGGAGUUGAACGAUCUGGCACGUGAUCCUCCAGCACAGUGUUCAGCAGGGCCUGUUGGGGAUGACAUGUUCCAUUGGCAAGCUACAAUAAUGGGACCAAACGACAGUCCCUAUCAAGGUGGAGUAUUUUUCUUGACAAUUCACUUCCCAACAGAUUAUCCCUUCAAACCACCUAAGGUUGCAUUUACAACAAGAAUCUAUCAUCCAAAUAUUAACAGUAAUGGCAGCAUUUGUCUUGAUAUUCUACGAUCACAGUGGUCCCCAGCACUAACUAUUUCAAAAGUACUUUUGUCCAUCUGUUCUCUGUUGUGUGAUCCCAAUCCAGAUGAUCCUUUAGUGCCUGAGAUUGCACGGAUCUACAAAACAGAUAGAGAAAAGUACAACAGAAUAGCUCGGGAAUGGACUCAGAAGUAUGCGAUGUAAUUAAAGAAAUUAUUGGAUAACCUCUACAAAUAAAGAUAGGGGAACUCUGAAAGAGAAAGUCCUUUUGAUUUCCAUUUGACUGCUUUCUAUGAGCCCACGCCUCAUCUUCCCCUGUGCACAUGUUUACCUGAUACAGCAGUGCUGCGUGUUGUACAUACUUGGAACAACAAACUAGAAAUACUGUAUUUCCCCGUACCAACAUUGACUCCUAGCAGAGAAGUGUGUGUGUGAAAAGCUGGUUCUUCAGUCAUAACUUUGUGAGCCUAAAAGCAUUCCUUGCUGAGUUAAAAUUGGGUAAUCAGAUGGGAAUGGGAAGAGUCCUGGUGGUUCUCAGAUUUUUUUUUUUUUUAGGGACAGUGUUGCUGAUCCAUGAAGGAUUUUAAGUGGAAUCCUUUUAAACUCAUAACAGUUAUGAAAAGCAAGGUGAAGAACUUGAAACUGUUUCUGUAUUCAUUUUAUUCUGAAGGACCUACACCUUAGGUAAAUGUUAUGACCAAUGAGAAACUGUACCCACAUCCUGUGUUUAAGGUCUAAGUUUAACCGGUCACCAUUUAAAUGGAUUGGAGCUAUUAGUGCAUCAAGUGAUGUUGAUUUGUUUCAACUCUCUCCCUCCCUUCAUACUUUUUUUGGUUUGUAUGUGGUUUCUCAGUUAAUACCUAGCUAAUAGCUCUUAUUUUUUCUUAAGUUUUUUAACUGCUUAGGUCUUUCUGGAUGUAAGGGUAAAAAAAAAAAAAAAAUCCAUUUGACAGAAAACUUGUGUGUAUUUAAAGACCCAACUGCUCCCCUGGAGCUUGUACGUUCAAGAAUGAUUAAUCUGUGUAAUAAACUGAUUACUACAGUCAUUACAUAUAA